AUACAUACAUACAUACAUACAUACAUACAUACAUACAUACAUACAUACAUACAUACAUACAGUAUCGUAUACAACUACAACUACACACUACACACUACACACUACACACUUAUACAUCACACGCUUAUACACACUGCGUUAGCUACAGGUAAGCCUUCUCUAUGCUUGUCUCCGAUCACACCGAACCCCGCUUGCCAACUUAUACAUAAAAGCUCCAGAGACGAGACCCUUUCGAUAAUCCAGCUAGUCCCCUUUUUUGUCCUCUUAUCCACCGCCUUAAAUACCCAGUCCACCCGUCGCUCGUCACUCGUCACUCGUCACCCGUUCCAUCACGCCACAGUCAAAAGAGAAGCUUGAAACCAAAUUACCACCAUCAGCUUUCCAUAUCCCCAUCUGUCGUGAGUAUAACACUACCUACUUGCCCUCGUCCCCCCUUUCGUGCUGCGUGACGACUCAUCGACCCUCAAGGCCAGCAAGCGCCUAAGGAUCAACUGUCGUCAUACCAACCUCUCUACCUUGUCUACCCGCCUGUCUUGCACAUCUAUACAUACAUGCCUAUCUACAUAUAUAUCUGCCUAGGCAUCUCCGUCCCUCCUCGUCGUAAGGCGCGAGACAGAGCCGAGCUUAGCUUAGCUUAGCUUUAUAUGCUUACCUACUCCCCCCUUAUCCAACAUACCAGCCAAGACCCAGCUAACAGCAACGUAGCAAACAGAUCCAUACUCGCCCAUUAUAUCACCAAGGACGUAUCCGCUCCUCCUCCACCAGCCAAAAUGCACGCCUCAUCUUGCCCCAAGUGCGGUGUCACCUUCAACGGCGACACCAAGAAGUGCGAUUCCUGCGGUGCCACCUGCCCCGUGUAAACACAACCACCGCAUCUCCAUCCAUGAAGACGUAGGAGUACCCAAGGGGGAGGAGGGGCUAAGGGAGUUUCCGCGGCGCCGCAAUGCCACCGACCACCCCGCCCCGCCCUAUCCCGUCCCAACCUACUAGACCACUCGUUUCGUUUCUUUUUCCACCGGUAUUCGGCGUAGAUAGGGGGGCAGGGCAGAGCAGGGCAGGGCAAGGCCAAGGUCAAAGGGGAAGGAAGGAGUUUGCUGUACAAUGAGAUGUUCCAGGGCGACACGGGGUCCAGAACCGGUCUCCCCCCCCCUUUUUUUUUUUCCUCUCUUCUUUUUUAAUUUACGACGGCAUCAGAAUAGGGGCAAGGACGGCGGGCGGGCUCGACAGGUUUUCUUCUUUCUAAU